AUGAAUAGCUGGUUCGAUAACUCAUCUUUUGAGAAUUCGUAUGAGAGAGAAGAAUUGCAAUGUCAGGGCUUAGCGGAGAAUUAUCAGAUGCUGAAAUCGAUAAUAAGACAUGAGGCCGAUGAGUUGGGUGAAGGCGGGUUGGGAAAGUUGUUUCUUGGUGGACUGAGCCAAGGAUGUGCAAUGGCGUUGCACGUUUUGCUCGCUUUUGAGAGGGAUGAAGGGGAAAAACUUUUAGGUUUUCGGGGGUUUAUUGGGAUGAGUGGGUGGCUGCCUUUUCAGAAUGAUAUUGAUGGGUUGCUUGGCAUUGGGGAAGGGGACGAUGGAGCAUGUGACGAGAAUCCUUUCGGCGAUGAAUCUAGUGGUGAAGAAGACUCUAUGAACGAGGAGAACGCGGUCACUAAAGUUUCUCAAUUUAUAAGGACGGAAAUUAUGGACCUUCCAGUGGCCAAAAAAGAAUCUCUCACUGCUCGACAUACCCCUAUAUUUCUCGGACAUGGCGAUCAAGACGAUGUUGUUCCGCUGGAAUACGGGAAAAGAGUAAUGGAAGCACUAAAAGCGAUGGAAAUGAAUGUGGAAUGGAAAGUCUAUGCCAAGCUAGGUCAUUGGUACAAAGUUCCUGAUACCAUUGAUGAUAUAGUUCAGUUUUUAGAAAAUAACAUGUUGCUUUGA